UUCUGCACGAACCAGCCGUUCAGCAUCGUCGACAACGAAUACUCCCUUGAAUUCGUUGAUGCUGUGAAGAAGGCGCAUCCGUCGUGAAUGCCAUACAAGAGGGAUGAGGCGCGAACGAAGCGGUUGGAUGGUCAUUACGGAAGGACGAAGGUGGACGUGCACGCCAUGGUGAAGAAGUGGCACCGCAUCGGUUGCAUGCUGCAGAUGGAUGGCUGGUCAGACAGGCGUAACCGGCCGUACAUUAAUGUGAUAGUGUCAUCCUCGAUCGGAACGGUAUUCUGGAAGACCACAUGCAUGGAGGGGAAGGACAAGGAUGCGGCGGCGUACUUCUGGAUAUUGGAUGGAGUUGUCAAGGAGAUCGGCGAGGAGGCGGUGGUGGGCGUUGUGAUGGACAACGCGAGAGUGUGCGUCAAGGCCGGCAAGAUGGUGGAGGCAGCCUACCCACGCAUAAUUCGCGUGGGGUGCACUGCACAUGCCCUCGAUUUGGCACUCGAGGACAUGUACAAGGAACUGGAGUGGUUGCGCAAUGUUGUGGACACAGGGUUGAAAGUGGGCAAGUUCUUCCACAACGUGGACAAGGCAAGGGCGUUGUUCCACGUGUACAGUCCGAAGUCCAAGUUGAAGCGGCCGGGGGUGACCCGUUUCGCAACCAACCACGAGAUGUUCACUUCCUUGAAGAAGGCCAAGCACCCGCUGAAGAAUUGCAUCGACGACGCUGCGUGGGUGGAGAAGAUGGUCAGGACAGACCAGCACGCUGCGUUCCACGAGGUGACGACCAUUGUGUUGGGGAAGGACGACUUUUGGGCGAUGGUCGACAAGCCGCUGGCGGUGAUGGGGCCAGUAGUGACGCUGCUUCAUGUUGUUGAUGCGCCGGGGCCGUCCAUGUCGAAGGUGUAUUUCAAGAUGGACUCGCUCGUCGCACGGAUGUGCGACCUUGAUUGCAUCACGGCGGGCGAGAAGGCCGAAAUAGAGGACAUCUUGAUGCGGAGAUGGGCAUUCAUGACCAGCGAGCUGCAUUGCGCUGCUGCGUUCCUCGAUCCGGAGCACCGUCACACGAAUGCCUUGCGAGAUCCUGAGGUGCGCGCCGGAUUCAACAUUUGGCUUCUCUCGUGGGCACUGGACGACCAGCAGACACGUGACGAGCUCAGCCACCAGGUUGACAUGUGGGUUAACCUGGACGGGUCGUUCAAAUCGCAAGACGCUGCGGGAGCAGCACGUGUGCAGCCCGCGGCUCUGUGGUGGGAGGCUUACUGCGGGAAGCUGGACCUGCUCCAGCCACAAGCAGUCAAGUUGUUGGGCCAGGCAAGCUCCUCCGCCGCAUGCGAGCGGAAUUGGAGCUUGCACGAGCUUAUUUUCGGGCACAGGCAUACGAAGUUGCCGCCGGAGAGGCUGGGCAAGUUGGUGUACAGCAACUGGAACACCCAACUAUCGCGGGCGGCCUUGCGGGGAGACGGGGGGGAUGUGCACAUUCCAUGGGAGGACGACACGCCGGUGGAGGCAGAGAUUAGGGAAUGGUACGACACAUGGAUAACAACGGCCAUUGAUCCCGCUGCCGUUGCCGCCGACGCCGAUGUGGUGGCAGAAGAUGUGGAGGUGGGUGAAGAGGACGGUUCGGAGCCAUUGAUGCGGACGUGGCAGCGAAAUGAUGUCGCAGAUGACGAGGAAUGCGACGAGGAGGACAUGGCUCUGUUGGGUUCGUUGGAGAGGGAAUGGCACGAGUGCGCGAAACCCGGCCGUCGCAGAAAGCAAGACCUGCGGAGAAGAUCUGGCAGCUCGCUGCCUCCGCCAUCAGUUGUGUACACUGAGGCGGAUCAGGCGGCUGCACUCAAGGCACAACUGGCAGGCACUUGGGUGGAAGGUCGACGGGAGUCAACCACCAGGGAAAAGCAUGUGAGGAAAAGAGCACGAGCGGCGGGCGAGGCGGGAGGGGCUGAAGCUGAAGUGUGCGUGACCCAGCCAAAGAAGAAGAGGGGUCGACCAUCAUUGGCUGAAGCUGCAGCAAAGAAGGCUGAGCUGGCAGCAGCCAGGGCUGCUAAAGCAGCAGAAAAAGCGGCCGCAGCAAAAGCCACGGCCGACAAGGCCCGAAAAAAAAAAAAAAAGGUUGCCUCCGUCGAUGUGAUCGAGGACGACCCGUCAGGUGACGAUGAGUCCUCGUCCAGCUCGUCCAAAGACACGGAUGAGGGAGAUAGCGGAGAGGAGUCCGAUGAACACUCUUUGCAGGAGGGGGGAGCAGAGGGGGAGGACAUGGAGGGAUCCGAGGCCGGGUCCGAAAAAAGCAAUGGUGAAGAAACCGGAGAUGAAGGGGCGAAGGUGUAGGACGGGGGCUGACCGGACGCGGGGUGUAAUAGUUUUGGAUUCUGCCCAUUGUCGGAAUUUUCUUUGUUGAACUUUGUUUCUGAGUUUUUUUGCAGCUAUUUCCUUUUCUGUGCUUUAAUAAACUUGCAAACGACUA